CACUUAUUUAUAUAUAUAUAUAUAUAUAUAUUUUUAACGCCGGUAUCAUAGACACACAGGUUGUGUGAUUAUGUAGAGUAGAAUAUCCAGGAAUAAUUUCUGAGUACAAUGGCAGUGUCAGAUAGUGUUUGUCAACAAUUAUCCCUUUCCCAAAUGAUGUGUGCUAUAGUGAUGUUGUGGCUGACUACGGUUCCAGUAUUACAUGCAGAUUCUAACGUGGACAUCUUCAAAGAAUAUUCCAAGGGUAAAACUGCAUAUAGGAAAGAGAAGUGGAUCUUGUGUGUUAAACAUAUUGGAACUACUAUCAGUUUAUAUAAUCGUUACAGACAAACACUGCUACAGUGUGCGAUCAAAUGUAAAAAGGAACAUGCUCAUUCGUAUACAGACUUACGGGGUCAAAGCGAGUCUAUGAUAGAGUAUAUUGUGAAGGGGAAUCUGCUAUCGGAACGGGAUUGCCUCCUCUCGUGUCAGGGAUCUACCAGAGAACAGACGAUGGAUAGCAGUCACGAAUCCAACUUUCCGAAAGAUUUCGAACGCAUGAAGCCGUACUACUACAUACAGCACUGCUUAAAUAAGGUUGGACAGGUGAGCAACGCAGCCUCAGCAGCCUAUACGUUUCUGGUACGGAACCCUGGGUACGAUGAUGUUCUGUCUAUGUUAGGGGCAUACAAGUACGAACAUAGCAUCCCGGAUCACAUGAUCAUUGAUUUAGAGGAGCGACCCUAUGUGAAACACCGGAAGGAUGGCGAGUCGGCCUAUCGACUUGGUAAAUGGACUGAUGCUGUUAAACAUUUUGAAGCAGCGCUGAAAGAGUAUUACAAAGAGGAUGAGUUGUGUCGAGCUCAUUGUGAUCUUGGACACAGGAGCACAUCCUCCGGGCUUACACAGAUUCUAGUAGAUGGGAUAUCAGCAGUACUCCAGUGCCAGCAAGGCUGUGCCGACACCCUAACUCACCUGUACGGUCAGACAUAUCCAAACUACCUAACAGAUCACUAUCUGUACCUACAGGACGUUUAUGUAAAAACAAAUGAUAACGUCAAUGCACUAGAAGCUGCAACUACAUACCUAACCUUCAAGCCAGAAGAUCAACAAGUGACGCAAUACAGAAAUAAUCUCCUGAAGAAGCUCCAAACAAGUGAUUCAGAGUUAACACCUGGACAGGAUGCAGCUCGAUAUAUCGAGACGAGGAAACGUAUGACAGAUUUACUGGAUGAGUUAUUAGGGAGUGAACACCAAAAGUCUAAAUAUUACAAGGAAGGUGGGGACGGAGAGACACAAGAUAAUUCUGAGGAAAUCCAGUCUAGAAAACCUGAACCCGACACUUCAAACGAUAUUGACUUUUCGUCAAGAUUGGAGAAUGCUCGCUUGUUUAACACAACUCAAAUUCUGAAUAACCUCUUCAAAACUUUAAGUGCUGAUGUCGCGCUGACGGGUGAAACAUUAAAACACGAUAAACGUGUGGUUAUGGAUAAUCUCUUUACAAAGGAGGUGUGUGAUGACGUCAUGCGUAUAUCUCAGAAUGGAAUAAAGAACGCCGGAUAUCACGAAAUCUAUCCUACAGCUGUCCGACCCAACUUUGCCAAGGAACUUUUUACAGGAUUUGAUAUAUUGGACUGUUGGGAGCUCGUACUUGGAAAACAGCUCAAAGAGAGUGACGUAGACCUUCUGACCAGGCUAGCAGAACAGGUCCGCCACCUUGUAGUACGCUGGUUCAACGAGACACGUCCAAUCUACCACGACUACACUCAGUUUACUUGCAGAAAGGCACUAGAUGGAAAGCAGACAAAUCGAACCAGUGAGGAUCUAAGCCACCCUGUUCACGGUGACAGUUGUGAUUUCAAACCUGACCAAGGCGUCUGUGCAACAGAAACUGCGGCAUACCCUUGGCGCACGUACAGUGCCGUGCUGUAUUUUAAUGAUAAUUUUGAAGGUGGGAAAUUUUUCUUCGCUAAUCCAGACCAAUCCGAGCAGGUAUCUAUUGUUCCGAAGUGUGGACGAAUGGUCGCCUUUCCGAGUGACCAUCUACACGGGGUCAAGGCUGUCACCAAAGGAAAGCGUUGUGCUGCCACCAUCUGGUUCACGGCAUCCGCAAAUCGUCGACGAGCACUUCCAACGUGGUCGGGCAUUGUAAAAUAAAUCUGUU